GGGAAAAAGAUUUUGAAUGACUUAAAAAGGUUUAGGCUUCAGAAAUUUGCGACCAUCCACAUACUUCUUAUUUUACAAACCCAGUGAGCGCAUCCAUCACUAGGUCAGAAAGAGACGAGCAUCCUCACCUCCGUCGUGAGAGAGACAUGGAGCGCGCACAGCGCAGGGGGACACCAACAGACACCCAGCGAGACCGCACAGCACAGUCAUGCAUCGGAGCAACAACUACAACCACCGGGUUCUUUUCACAACGCCGCCAAAACGUCCCCAACUCUCAAAACAAACUUGAAGCGUUGCAAGAAAAGUCCAGAUUUAAAAGAGAUGGCACAUCGCGUGGAUUAAAGACGCUGCAAGCCUUGCUUUUCGUGAUCGUGAUGAGUUUUCUCAGCAAGGUGAGCGGGGCAGAGUCGGUUCCUGUUUGCCCGACUCUAUGCGUCUGUCCGCAGUGGCCCCAGACUGCAGGCUCUCUCACAGAGCUAACUAAUACCAUGGCAGCAGUCAAUUGCUCCGGUGCCGGGUUUCACCAGCUCCCUUUAGGCAUCGUUUCAUGGAAAGCCGGACUACCACUAGGCAACACAUCAGCUUCCUUCAACGCCAUGGCCAACAGUUCGACACCCACACUGGAACCAAGCGACUCGUCCAACAAGAGGGUGCCAGCAACAAUGCAGUUUUUCGACGUGAGCCACAACUCUUUGACCUCAGCCACGUGGCCCCUGGAGCACCCCAACAACAACAGCCGGCUAAGUGGAGGAGAAGCAGAACUCCCCGUUCUCUCCGUGGACCUCAGUCACAACAGCAUCCAGGAGCUGGGACCGGACGAUAUGUCAGUCUACACACAGCUGCGGAGCCUCGACCUGUCCCACAACUACCUGGCUCGCAUACACCCCGACGCCUUCCAACAUCUCGGCUCUCUGACCAAGCUCAACCUGAGCCACAACGCAAUACGAAACUUACACAACGAAACCCUGCGAGCUCUAGUCAACUUACACACUCUAGAUCUCAGCUACAAUCUACUUGAAGGGGAUUUCUUACACGCCAUACUACAAGAGCUUUCAUCCUUAAAGUAUUUAUAUGUUAGUCACAAUUACUUUGCAGACGCGAACCUGCCUUCACUAAGCCAUUUACUGUUAAUCGACAUCUCCGACAAUCAGCUGAGGACUGUGCCUGCAUUCGAGUUCCCAGGUCUCCCAUCGCUGGUCACACUUAGCCUGUCCAACAACUCCAUCCAAAGACUCGGGCCAGACUCCUUCCGUGGACUGCAGCAGCUAAGACAACUGUCUCUGGACCAUAAUCCACUACGAGCAUUAUCUGAAUGGGACCCAGAGGAGUCGUUAUUGUCCCCGCCACUUACCCCAGUGCCCUCCGUAUUUUCUUAUCUGACCCAGCUGACCCACCUAAACCUCAGCCACACCCCAAGUCUCAGCUUCCUCCCGCCUAACCUAUUCACGCCCUUGGUUGAGCUGCAAGUACUUGACCUUUCUCACAGCGGCCUGAGCCACCUUUCCGAAAUCACAUUCCACGGUUUGCCCAGACUCAGCCAUGUCUAUCUAGCUGAAAACCCCUUCAAUUGCUCCUGCCUCAACGCCUGGCUCAGCACACUCACAUCCGAUACCACUUUCUUAAGCAUAAACGCCUCCGCAUUCCGCGACACUCAGUCCACUACCUGCAUCCAAGAGGACGGCAUUCUACUGCCCAUUUUUUCCACCACCAGCCUAUGCAACGAGGUGCUCAUCCACAACACAUCGGCCUCCGCCUCAGUGCGGCUGGGCUCCCAGCUCCUCCUGCAGUGCCACUAUGUAGCGGACGAACCCAGUGUGCUGGAGUGGUCCACGCCGCAUGGCGAGAAACUGCUCUAUCAUUCUUACCACCCGGCGGCUAGUCAUCACCUGAUGACCCCAGAGGACAUCGAACCAAAAGCGCCUUACCACGACGGCCACUACUGGCACCACAGCUCCUCCUACCACUCAGAGCUCUUUUCCUUACCUGACCGUGUGCUGCUCCUGUCAGACGGAUCCCUGUACGUGGACUACACCCUGCGUUCAGACGCCGGCGCAUACACAUGCCGCGUCAGCAAUGCACGCUACAACAAAACGGCCACCAUUGAGAUCUACCUCAGCUACGGUAUAUCCACAGAAAUAAAAAUCUUCGCGUUCAUCAUUGGCCUGUUGUGUGCUCUCGCUUUCUUCACCCUCAAUGUUGUUUACGUGAUCAUCACGUGGAUAGCCCGCCGCCUGGUGAACAAACGUCGCCGAGAGACCAUCCGCCAGCUUUUGGAGAACCUCAACGCUUACAAGUCAACUCAAAUGACACGAAUCCACGAGAACUACGGCCACCAACUCAGCAGGGUCCGAAACCAGUACCACAUCCAGCGAGACAAGCUGCACAAGAACUACACUUUCCAGGUGACACGUGUCAAGCGAGGCUGCUCGAACCAGGUGGAGAGGGUCCGCGACAACUACAACACCAAACUGACUGCACUACGCGACUACUCCAGCAACCAGAUCGUCCAGAUCCGAGAGCGGGCCAACAAUCAGAUCGUGCGCAUCCGCGACUACGGCAGCACCCAGCUGGAGAGACUCCGCGAGACUUACAAGCUGCAACAGCAGCACGUGCUCAAACUGCUCGACACGAUGAACCUGGAGAACUGCCGCAGCGUGGUGGAGACAGAGUGCAUGCGCACCGAGAGCAUGAUCUUUGACAUCGACCUUCUGGGCGACGAGGAGGAGGAGCGCACAGACUCACCCGUGUCCGAGUACAACACGGCGAGCAGCAGCCCGGCCACCAGCGUACCCGACGACGAAAGCGCGCUGGCCUCCGCACAGGACGACGAGCUCAGACUCACCAUUGACACACACCCCAAUGACGACAGCGAGAGCACGGAUCGUGACAUCACAAUCGAGAUGAAGACUGCUAUUAAAUCACCACUAGGCCGUGAAAAAGAACGGGGGGAGGCCUCGGAAAUGUGGCAGUAUGAUGAGGCCAAAGGCAGGCUCGGCUACAGUCCUGACUACUACAUCAACCUGCAUGACAAGCAGGAGGAUUAUGCUCCCCAACUACGCGCCGAUAUCCACGGUAGUCCCCCCCAUUACCCCCAGAGACACAUGCCACUCCACCUUGGCAAGGAUAUGUCAUACAAAAAAGACAUGCCUCUCGCAAGACAGACCCUUGAGAGGCAAUACACGCCUGUCACCCAAUCAUCAGACGGCGGGGAAAGCAUGAGCGCAGCCGAAACCACAGAUUUCGCAACUCCAGAAGCAUCGCCUACAAAAAUCUACAGAGGAAGUGAUGCGGGCUUUCCCGAAUUUCACGUUCAAGAACCCGGCCAACAUUCACACACAAAGAGUGGGAGUACAUUGGGAGAUGUGCAUUUACUUAGUGACCCCACUAACGAUCCGGAGACAAUAGUUUAACAGUGUUGUGAGACUGACAGAGGAGUUGCAGAAAAGUGUUGUUUGUUUUUGUUUUUUAAACGGACAUAUUCCAUUGAAAUGUAAACAGAGACGUUGUCACUAUACUAUACACAAGGAUUUCGACUUAUUACACACACCAUUCAGAAUGUUGUUUGUUGAAGUGAACCAAAGCAAUGUGUUCAAAAAAAAUAAUGUUGUUGGUAUGAUUCUGUUAUUAGCAAGAUUGUGACAUAGUCGGAUCUCACUGCCUUUUGAGUAUAGUGUAUCAGUGUUUUCAUGUGCAAUUAAAUAAAUUCAUGUUCCACCUCCAAA